AUGUCCUAUCCACCUCACAUCCUGCCUUGUCUCCUCGCCUUCCACCUCGCUCGUGCUGUCUGUCGCCUGCAUUUCCUCACCUCACUGAUCGAGUUUCUCGCUUCGAUCGAGUCGGAAAUGUCGCAACGCGCAGCUAAUCCCAGCCAUGAAUCGCCUCCAGUCAUUAAGCACUUCGGCGCUACUAAACCCUCAUUGAACCCUUCGUCUGUGGUUGCCCUAUCCUGCAAGCUUCCGUUACAAGAUCACCCACCGAAUCCUCCGCCGAACCGCGGCGCGCACCCAGAAUGCCGCAAGCCGCCAGCUCAGCAGAGGUUCCUGCAUUGUCUUGAGGAGAUUAAAGAGGCCGAAACCAACCGCGCCGCGUUACCUCCCAGGCUAUCUGUUCCAUCAUGGUCCCCAACGACCGUGGAUCAUCAUGGUCCGGCGAUGAACGGGCCGUCGCCGGGCGACGGGAACUGUCGCGCAUCGUCGUCGUCACAGUCGCCCGCGCAAUGUUCCCCGCCUUUCCAUGGCUGCGCGUCGUCUAUGCAAUGCUCCUCGUCAGCCACUCGUUACGACAGUCUAGCAGAGUACUACUGUUACGCCGCAGGUAACGUUGACGCUGGCGUGACGUCGCCGUUGCACAACGGUUAUGCCGAAGGAGCGUCGCACUUUCGUCGCCAUGCGACGUCGCCCGCUUCAGCUUCGCCUGGAAACUCUCAGUCGCAGGCUCCUGAAUCCGCGUAUCUGGCGCCGCCGCCGCCUGCUUCGCUCUCUCCGUCGUUAUCGCUACCCACAUACGCGUCCUACACCGCGUCGCACGCUUCCUCGUCGCUGUGCGGCCCCGUCGCCGCGCUCCCCGCGUCACUCGCUUCGAGGUCCCCUUCCGCGUCUUCCGCCACCUCCUCCUUCCCGUCGUCGUCGUCAUCGCAUCCCUCCGUGUCGUACGGGGAGGACGGGGAGGACCUCGGCCCCUCCGCGUGCCCCUUCCAGGCCAGCCUGCUCUCCGCCUACGCGCCCUUCUCCGCGUCGGGGGUCAACGGAACGGUCAACUCGAGGGUCAACGGGGGCGUCAACAUGUCACCGCCCGCGUCCUUUCCCGCUCGCCCCGCUAAAGCUCCGUUGGAGAGAACGAGCUCGGGGACCUCGGCACUACGCGGGGGCCACGGCGCGGGCGGAAGCGGCGCGUCGUUCUCCGGGGUGGCGGAAGCGGGCGCGGGAAUAUGCAGUCGCGAGCUGCUGUCGACGAUUGUUACAGCGCACGACAUUUUCGCACGCGACAUGGCGUGGUACGCGGAAAACGCGGCCUCGGGAUUGGUCUUUGGCAACAUGAACACGCUCAUGGGCCAGGUGGUUACCACCGCUGAUGUCAUCGUGAGCAAUGACGUGGCGUCAGAUCCGCGGUCAGCGGGAGUGCCGCCCGGACAUCCGCCCAUGACGACGUUUCUUGGGGUGCCGCUCUUUUCAGGCUCUCAUCUCGUCGGAAUGUUCGCAGUGACCAAUCGUGAGGGGGGCUACAGCAAGUCCCUGGUCACAGAGCUGCACGCGCUAACCAAGACAGUGGGGCAGGUUGUGGCAGGGAUACAGCAGCGGCGCCAGCGGUGGGAGCGCGAGGAGCGGUUGAAUGCGGUGCUGGAAGGUACCUACCAGGCGGUGCUGUCUGUAGCGCCGUCCGGCCGGCUCUCCUGCAUCAAUCGCGCUGCACGGAGCCUCUUUGGGGUUCCAGACCAAGCCAUGGGCCCCCACCCCUCCGGAACUGGAGCAACUUCAUCAUCCUUAAGUCAGCCACCUGCUGCCCUGUGUGAAUCCGAGCUCCCGCUAUCAGAUUUGAUUGAGAGUGUUGAUGGGGAUGUGGACUUCAUGCGACAAGAAGUGCUGCAGAGAUUUGCUGACUCGAGAGAUUCACUUCCUGCUGUAGGGCUGUACCAUAGGCACUGGUGCAGCCAUGAUCACAGGAGCUCCCAAGGUGGCCCUGAUCGUGACAUGUCAGCAGCUGCUGUCAGGAUCAAUCUCCGUGUGAGCGUGACACGUGGCGAGACGCCACAGGUGGCAUACGUGCUGACGGUGCAGCUGGCAGGAGGAGCAGCAUCCGCCGAAAGAGGAUUCCCCUACCGUCACACGUCUUGUGGGCGUGCAGAAGGGACCUGGAGAGGAGUAGCAGUAGACAGGGUUGGGAGUGGGGAUGGGGAGGGCGAGGAGGAGGAUGGGCAUGAGUGCCAGCUGCUGGACGAAGAUGGGACGCUCACCAUCGUGGUGUGA